AUGAGUUUUGAAGAAGAUUUUGAUUUUGAAGAAGAAUUUAGUUUUGAAGAAGUUUUUAAAUGUAAUUAUGAAGAUUGUAAUGGAGAUGGUGGUAAUAUUCAACGAAGACCUAAGGCUAAAGUUAAGUCAUCACAAGAUAUUUAUAAUUUAAUAAAUGAUAAUAUAAAAUCUUAUAAUAAUAGAAAAAUUCAAAAUGGAUAUGAUGAAAUGGAUCAUUAUGAAACAUCGUCUAAUUAUUUAUCUAAUGUUGAAUUACAUUUUUCUGGAAUGAGUAAAGAAAUAGGAAAUUUAAGAAAAAGAUUAAAAAAUCCUAAUAUGAAUACAAGAAGUAAAAAUAUGUUUAAUCGAUUAGUUAGUAGAUAUAAUGAAAAUAUAAUUGAUUAUAAUCAUAAAUUAAAAAUGUUUAAAAGAAUGGAAGGUCAUAGAACAAAACGUCAAUUAAAAAAUUUAGAUAAUGGAUAUGGAACUGUAAAACAACCUAAAAACUGA